AAAAACUGAAAACAUAAGAGUAGGAGUGUAGGACCCACACCCCACCAUCCCCCUUGCCGGGUAUUGACUGUUACUUCCUCACAGGAAGAAACCCGCGAAAGCAACUCCCCUCUCUCUGUCUCUCCCUCUCCCUCUCUUUCUAUUGAAGCUUCCAUCCUUUUCCCUUUUCCCUUUUCUUCCCAUUUCUCAAAUAUCCUAUUCCCCUCCCUCCUCAAACAACUGCCGCUGAAGUCAAACCCCAACCUCUUUUUCAAAGCCCACAUUUCCCUUUUUCCUAAUUUCCUUCUUCUUCCUCCUUUCCCCCUCAUCGCCUCCUUCCAACUCCAAUUCCAGGUGUUAUUCCUUUUUUUAUGUCUGUAACAUGAAAGCAUCGAUUAUUCUUUGUUUUUAUAAGUGAUGGCGAGUCAUUGCUUAGUGGCAGCAUGAGGCCUGAAACUCAGAGCAUUGGAGAAUGUUCAAGUUCUACUUCAUUGAGCUCUCAUCAGGACGUUGAUGAUGAUUGCAUGAUUGCUGUUGCAUUAUCGGAAGAGUAUGCUAAGCUAGACGGUGCUGUUGCCAGACGCCUCUCCAACCUUGCCCCCAUUGCUCAUACUCCAAGGAUAAAUUUAUAUAUCCCCAACCAAAGUGAUGCCAGUUUGGAAUAUCAUAGGCUUCUUCAGAGGCUAAGUGUCUAUGGUUUGCAUGAAGUGAAGGUCUCUGGUGAUGGAAAUUGUCAGUUUCGAGCACUUUCAGAUCAGUUGUACAGAUCACCUGAGUAUCACAAGCACGUGCGGAAAGAUGUUGUAAAGCAGCUAAAGGACCACCGUUCUCUAUAUGAAGGUUAUGUUCCAAUGAAGUACAGUCGUUAUUACAAAAAAAUGGCAAAAUCUGGUGAAUGGGGGGACCAUGUAACCCUACAAGCAGCAGCUGAUAAGUUUGCGGCAAAGAUUUGUCUCCUGACGUCAUUCAGAGAUACUUGUUUCAUAGAAAUUGUUCCACUAUCUCAAACUCCCAAGCGUGAGCUCUGGUUAAGUUUCUGGUCUGAGGUUCACUACAAUUCACUUUAUGAAAUUCAAGACGUUCCAGUUCAACAAAAACCAAGAAGAAAACAUUGGUUGUUUUAGGUAAAUGGAUUGUUGUGAGUAUAGAUAGCAUCCUAGAUAUUUGAGUAUACUACACUGAAAAAAUCUUGUUUUUCUAAAAGAAAAAAUGAAAAAGAAAAAGAAAAAGAAAUUAUAUGAUUGGUAUAUAUAUAUUUUUUAAUUGUAUGUAAAUAAUUCAUUACACAUACAUCGCCUUGUAUUACUGCAUUUAUGGAUCCAGUGAACUUUAUAAUGGAAUUAUAGUCUCGUUAUGAACUCAAAGACUAGAUUCUGAUGCAACUGUUCAAGUAGCAUAACUGAAUUCAGUUUAGCAUAUCCUACAGAGCAAGAUAUAUUUUAUUUGUAUUCAUGAAAUCUCGAACUUGACUUGACUUUUGGAACUUUAUCACUCUCAUAGUUUUGCGGCAUAUAUAUUUAUUGGGUGAUGGGUAAUGGGUAAAGGAAAAUGGUUUUGGCGUUCUCAAUACAAAUUAAUAAGGGAAAAAAUAAGCAGAUAUGCAGAAACAACCUAGAAAUGAGGUUAGCUCAGAGAGAGCAACCCAAUCAUGCUCAUUUCCAGUUGUUGGCAACAAUGUCAGCCAAAUCAACAACCCGUUGAGAGUAACCCCACUCAUUAUCAUACCAAGCAAUAACCUUCACCAAGUCAUCCCCCAUAACCAUAGUCAAGGAAGAGUCGACAGUUGAGGAGACAUCAGAGCACCUGAAAUCGACUGAAACAAGGGGCUCAUCACAAACAGAGAGGAUACCGUUGAGCUCCUUCUCAGCGCUUUCCCGGAAUGCAGCAUUCACCUCUUCAGCGAAUGUCUUCUUAGAAACCUGGACA